GCAAGUGUUGGAGUUGACGUCAGACGAAGAGGAGCAUGUACUCCUUCAAAAGUACGCUGAUCAAUGCCAGGAUAAGAUCACGGAAACAAGUGGGGAACCAGUUGUCACCGAUUAUGAAACGAAGCUGUUUGUGUUGAUUCAAAACUAUGUAAAGUUCAACGAUUAUCUAGUUUGCCAAUAAAGUUAAUAAAAUGUAUUGGAAUGAACAUUGGUUCGCUGUUUGAAAGUGGACAGAAAGAAUGUGGUGUUUUCGCCUUGAGUCGUGUGUACACAGGCGUGUGUCGUCUUGUGAAUCGGGGAAGCUAUGUUCGUAUAUUAUGUUAUGAUGUCCUGAAACAGAACAAGCAAUUCGAAUUAACUGAGAAAAUUAUUCUUGCCGUUGCUCUAACCUGGCCAGACAUUUUAGGUAGAUCGACAAAAUCUAUUGUGUUUCGUUCUAAUGGGUUAACUCUAUCUGGUCCUCCUUAUCAUCCAUUUUUGGCCACGACACACGUGAUAGUUAUGUCACGUGAUACGUCAUGUCAGCAAACCCGUUAUCUCGUACAGCGUUUGUGUGGUUGGUGUAUAAUACCAAAGGAUGAUCAUGUCUUCGAAUGGUUGGCAAAAGAUUUAUUACGAGUUAUACGAAAUAGUUGUGGUCCUUCCAUAAAAACAUUUGAAGAAGAAGUUCGUCAAAUACAUGUUUCAUUUGAGACGUUAAAGUCGCUAGAACUCCUGGCAGUUAUCAUGGAUUGGAAAUGGACAAAUGAUGUUCUCAUUCGUGAAGUAUUAUGGCCUCAUUUCCACGACUGGAGGAUACAUAGUUUAUCACGAGAGACGACAUUACAAAAUAAUCUUGGCGAUGUCAAAAGCCCUGAUGAAAACAGCAUGGAUUUUUUCAUUGCACAUAUUAUACGCUUGCUUGGUUUCGUGUGUGGUGAAAGACUGCAGAAAGGAAUUUUCGUAAACUUGGAGCCAAUCAAGCAAUUAUUGUGUGCUUUACUUUGUGGUUAUGAUGCAGAAAGAGUAUCGCUUUGUGUUCAGCAAUCGGCUGCCUAUGCCUUACUGGACCUAUUUCCCAUUGACUCAGCAGCUAUAUCAUCACUUUUGGAAGACUGGACUAAGAAGGUCAGUAAAUAUGAAGACACUAAGACAUCUGAAAUUAUUCGAAGACUGUUCGACUUUCGAAAACGUUUCGGGAUGAUUUGAUGGUUCAUUGAUGGCGUGAGUGUUUCGGUGAAUGCUUUUAUAAAGAAAAAUAAGAAUUGGCGAUUGAAGAUUUAUAAAUACUGCUGCUAUUAUAUCAUCCUACUAUGGUUUGACUUGAGAACAUAAUUGUGACCCGGCAGCUGGAUUUCACCAAAGUGCUGCAUGCGCAUUUAAAAGUGGAGCACGUGCAUUGAACGGGUAACAUGUACUUUGAAAGAGGUAUAGGAACUUUGGGUGAACCUUAUAUGAAUGAACCAUAAAUGAAUAAGUGGUUAUGAUAGUCUAAAUUUUUACCAUAAAUUUGUUGUAUUUGUAUAUUUGCUUGCCGCAAGGCUUCAUGAACAUGCAUGCUUUAAAAAAGGAAAAUCUAGCAAAUUUUCAUUGCCCAUUCAACAGAUAUUAGACAAACGUGAGAAAAAAUUUUGUUAUUCUUA